AUGGGGUUAAGAUGCACCAACUACUUUGAGAACUCAAAGUAUGAAAGCCCGGACAUACAAAUCAUCACCUGUAAAGGCUGUUCCUCACAUUUAUGCCUUUCUGACUUAAUAUUAUCAGACAAUUUUAAUGGAGCAAGUGGCCCGGCGUAUUUGGUAGACAAUUUGAUUAAUAUUGAGUUUAAUUUAAAGAGUGAAGAAACUCCCAUGAAGACUGGAGUAUAUUUAAUAAACAAAAUCAAAUGUCAUCAAUGUAAAAGUCCCCUUGGUUGGUAUUAUAAGAAGUCAUACUCUUGUGCAGAAACGUACAAGGAAGGUAAAUUUGUCAUUGAAAAGAAUUAUAUAAAAUUUGUUGAUAACCAUACGACAAUGAGACUAUUGAUGGAAAGAGCGAUGAAAAACAGGUAUAGAAGACGACUUUCUAGUGUAUCCACACUUUCGGUGGACGAACUAGAUUCAAUAGGGGAUGACAAACCCAGCACACUUCAUUAUAGCCAAGCACCACUAAUCAAGGGGCUAGAUACAGAUCAUACUGGUACCAAUAAAAAUAAUUUUAAUUUCUUUACCUAUCAAAUUAAAAAGAGAAGAUCGUCAUCAUCUGAUUAUCGUCAAGGAGGAAUAUUUUUGAACAGGCUAAGAUUACCACAACCAAAAGAAGAGGAGGAAGAAGAAAACACUAAUACUAGCAGUACAGCUAGUAUGACAGGUACUCCAGCAACAGCUCAUUUAACUCCGACUACAAUUAAUGCUGGUCAAUCUGGUGCCACCGCUCCGCCUGCAACAAGAACCAGACGAAGUGUGGGGUCAAUUGUUGAUGACGACGACGACGAAAUACUUGUAGAUGCUUAG